ACUGAAAAUUUUGAAAGCAAAUCUAUAAAAUAUUUAUUAGUCAAAUUUAAUUAUUCAUUUUAACUCAUUGUCAUCUACAUUGAACACUGUACGAACCAGAACUCCCAUUACAAUGACGUCACUCUUGUUGUAAAAUACGAUAACCCCAAAGCCAAUAAUCCUCGAUAUCAACAACUGUUGGUGGGUGGGGUUGAGGUUCUUUGUUAGGAAUCUUGAAUUUGCAGCAUUGAUAUAAUCGCGGCAGCAAUAUAAAAUGAUGCUCAGAUUCCGAUGUGUUCCAUUGUUUAAACCUCAAGCUUCUCUCUUUCGUGCUCAAAUGGGUUCGUAUUCGACUAAUCAUGGUGAUCAUAAGCUGGUGUUCCGUCAGUUAUUUGAGAAAGAAUCGUCUACUUAUACUUACCUUCUUGCUGAUGCUUCUCACCCACAAAACCCUGCUCUGCUGAUUGACCCAGUGGACAAAACGGCGGAUCGUGAUCUUGCACUUGUUAAGGAACUGGGCUUGAAGCUUAUAUAUGCUAUAAACACACAUGUACAUGCUGAUCAUGUCACUGGCUCUGGCUUGAUCAAGACAAAGUUCCCUGGUGUUAAAUCAAUCAUAUCCAAAGCAAGCAAUGCAAAAGCUGAUCUUUUCGUUGAACCUGGUGAUAAGAUCUACUUUGGUGAUAUUUUCCUGGAGGUUCGUGCAACUCCUGGCCAUACACUAGGCUGUGUUACCUAUGUCACGGGAGAUGAAUCCAAUCAACUUCAGCCAAGGAUGGCCUUUACCGGUGAUGCCCUUUUGAUACGUGGAUGUGGAAGGACAGACUUUCAGGGUGGAAGUUCAGACAAAUUGUAUGAUUCAGUUCAUUCACAGAUUUUCACAUUGCCCAAAGACACAUUGGUAUAUCCUGCUCAUGACUACAAAGGGUUCACCGUCAGCACAGUGGGAGAAGAGAUGCUAUACAAUCCACGCCUAUCUAAAGAUAAGGAAACAUUCGAAAAUAUCAUGCAGAAUUUACAUUUGUCAUAUCCAAAAAUGAUGGACGUCGCAGUUCCAGCUAACAUGGUUUGCGGAUUACAAGAGACAAAAUCAGAAUAAUGCUAAAUUUUUCUUUCAUUCUCUAAUCGUUUCUUGGUCGCCAUGAAUGAAAACAGGAAGAAGGGGGUAUACACGUUCGAAGUGACCUAACUAAAUAAAUGUUUAGCUGGAGAAGUUGAAUAAGAUAUACCAAUAUAGUUUCAAGAAGCUAUGUUACUCCAACUGAUAAGAUUCUUGAAUAUAUGUGAUAAGACAGACAGUGAAUCUUGAAUAUAUGUAUGGAACUUGAUUUGUGAGACUGCUGAUGGGAAUAAUGAAAGUGAAAUUUAUCAGCUGUUGCUGUAUUAAUUGAAA